ACUCGUCUCCUCGGCUCUUCUCGUUCACUUCUGUGUUCCCUUCGCUGCCUGCCAUGGCGGAUAUGCUUCUCUCGAUCGGGGAGCACGACACCAUGCCCAGAAACUACGUGAGGCCGGAGAACGAACGACCCCACCUCGACAACGUCAUCGCCGACGCGAACAUCCCCGUCGUCGAUUUCGGCGCCUCCGACAAGUCCCAAAUCAUCUCCCAAAUUGAGAAGGCUUGUCGACUAUACGGCUUCUUUCAGGUCGUCAAUCAUGGAAUCGCCGCCGAAUUGAUCAAGAAGGUGCUGGCCAUCACCCUGGAGUUCUUUCGCCUCCCGCCGGAGGAGAAAGCGAAGCUCUACUCCGACGAUCCCACCAAGAAAAUUCGCCUGUCCACGAGCUUUAAUGUGAGGAAGGAAACGGUUCACAACUGGAGAGACUACCUCCGCCUUCAUUGCUACCCGCUCGAGGAAUUCGUCCCCGACUGGCCUUCCAAUCCAUCCUCGUUUAAGGAUGUGUUUGGCAGUUACUGUAAGCAAGUUCGCCAGCUUGGAUUCCGAAUUCUCGGAAUCAUAUCGUUGAGCUUAGGAUUGGAGGAGGCCUACCUGGGCAGAGUGCUGGGGGAGCAAGAACAGCACAUGGCAGUUAAUUAUUACCCGAAGUGUCCGGAGCCGGAGCUCACCUAUGGCCUGCCGGCGCACACAGACCCCAACGCCCUCACCAUUCUUCUGCAGGAUCCCUACGUGUCCGGCUUACAGGUUCACAAAGACGGCAAAUGGAUCGCGGUGGAUCCCAAACCCAACGCAUUCGUCAUCAACAUCGGAGACCAGCUACAGGCAUUGAGUAAUGGUAGGUACAAGAGUGUGUGGCAUCGAGCUGUGGUCAACUCAAACAAGGAAAGGAUGUCAGUGGCGUCCUUCCUCUGCCCCUGCAACAGCGUGCUCAUCAGCCCUCCCGAGAAGCUCAUCGCCGACGGCUGCCCAGCAGUCUACCGGAGUUACACCUACGACGAGUACUAUCAGAAGUUCUGGAGCAGGAACCUGGACCAAGAGCACUGUCUCGAACUCUUCAAAAGGGACAGGGAAACCUGCCCUGACUCUCCCAGCCUAUAAUGUUUGAACUAAGCACAAUCUUCUGGAUCAUUUUUUUUUUUUUUUGUAUUUCAGGAGAUGUAUCACUCGUAUUUGUGGUCGAAUCAUGAUCACGAUCCGAUCUCAAAUAGUGGCGAUCCCUUAUUGGAUUCAUUGUCCCCAACAGAUUAUAAUUUUUAUUCGGAGCGAACGGCCGGAAUCCGCCCGAAGACCUCCGGUAGUGGAUAAGUGACCAAGUUACUGGACGCCGAGCGAGGAUAUCCUUUGGGCAGCCUCCGGCCGCCCGCUCCGAACAAAAAUUAUAAUCUGGUGGGGACGGUGAACUCAAAAAGGGAUCGUAACCAUUUGAGGCCGGUUCGCGAUCGCGGUCCAAUCACAAAUACAAAUGGUACAUCCCCUGGACCAUAAAAAAUGAUCCAGAAGAUCUACAGCGUUUCUACCUAGUUUACUGUAGUAGUGUCCUUGUCUUUUUUUUCAUAUAUAAUAAACCAGCACUGUUUAGAUC